GGUGGCACAGGACUGGGCAGCGGCUGGGGCUGGAGGGAAGGCUGUGGGCACCGGGCAGCAGUCGCAGGGGCCCGACAGGGGCGCUGGAAGUGCGCGGGAAGGAGAGUGGCUCCCCCUGCGACUGCCCCUGGCGCGCCUCACCCUGCGCUGCGCCUGUGUGUCCAGGGCCGGUGGUACCAUGAGGCCGGCGGGACGCGCGGCGCUGCUGGCGGCGCUGCUGCUCCUGGCACAGCUGCGCCCGGGGAGCAGCCAGUGGAGCCCGGAGGCGGCGGCGGCCGGGGUCCAGGACCCAAGUCUGCGCUGGAGCCCUGGGACACGGAACCACGGUGGAGGGGCCCGCGCGCUCCUCUUGCUGCUGGCGGAGCGCUUCCCGCGCCGCGCGGGACAGGGCCGAUGGGGAUCCGCGAUCACAGGCGAGCGGCCGCGACGGGACGACCCUCCGCUGUCCAUUGACCUCACCUUCCACCUGCUACGGACCCUGCUGGAGCUGGCGCGGACGCAGAGCCAGAGGGAGCGCGCCGAGCAGAACCGCAUCAUAUUCGACUCGGUGGGCAAGUGAUCGGCGGGGUCUGGGGCCCCGAAAAUCUCGACCCCCACCCCCACCCCCGGGCUGA